AUGAAUUCAACAAAUGAUAACUCCACAUUGGAUCCUUCUGUAACUCCACCGACUUCAUCUGAUAACAACACACAGAAUCCAUCCACUGAAAAUGCUUCAAUUGGUUCCAGCAAUAAUGUGAGCGAUUCACCACCAACAACUGUAUCACAAAGUACCAACCACACAACUUCCACUCCAGGUCCCAACGACCCUUGCAAAGACAACCCCUGUGGGAAUUUUGCUUCCUGCAUUAAGCUGCAUAGCACGUUUUUCUGCCUAUGCCCACAAGGAUAUCAUUAUACCUCUAAGGAGUGCAAAAAAGGAAAGAUAUUCCCUGGAGAGAUUACAGUAAAACUAUCUGAAACAUCUGGCUUGGAUGAUAAAAAUUCUCAGAAUUAUGAAGAAUUAUAUAAUAAAACCACAGCAUUUUUUGCAGAUGCAUUGAAUGGUACAGAUUAUGAACAGACUAUAAUUGUUAAAGUAAGGUACAUAGUCACUCGGACAGCCAGAUCCCUGUUGCGUGCUACCACAGGUGCGGUGCAGGUUUCUGUAAUAAACAUAUUUCCAUACAAUACAACCCAAAAUGAGUCCUCUGUGUCUGAUCGAAUUGCCAGUGCAACAAAUAACAGCGAAGAGUUUUCAGACUAUAGAGAUCUAAAUUGUGCUGCCAACUGCAAUGAGAGGAACAACCAGCAAUGUAUAAAGGAUAAUAAUGGGAUCGCCCAGUGUGUGUGCCUCCCAGGCUACAAGGAUGUCGGCAAUGGGAACUGUCAAGAGUGUCCAUUUGGCUACCGUGGAGAGAACUGUGAAGACCAAUUUCAGCUGAUCCUCACUAUUGUGGGUACCAUUGCUGCCAUCCUCAUACUCUCCUUGGUGAUUGCCCUCAUCAUCUCAGCAAAAUCACAGAACAAAAACAAGAAAACAGAAGAACAGCACUUGAUUGACAACGACUUUCAGAACCUGCGCCUGCAGCAGACUGGCUUCAGCAAUGAGGGGGCAGAAGGGAGCAUCUUCCCCAAAGUCAGAACUUCUGCCCCCAGAGACGGUCCUGCACCAAACCCCUACAUUAACCAGAGGGGCAUCCCACACCCUGACUACUAGAAUGGAAAAAAAACAUGUGGAUGCCUCCAUCUCCCCAGCCAUAUGCACCAUGAUGUUGAAAUACAGAACAGUGAGCGGCAUGAAGCUCUGGCCUUUCCUAUUUCCUGUGGCCAGCACCCAUUGGUCCCUCUAAAUGCUGACAAGGAGCACAGCUUGUUACAGGAGUGCCUAUGAAAUUAAAUAUGCAUGCGUGCUAUCAGCACUUGUAAGAUAAUUGAUUUUCUCCAAUCUGUACCCAGUACUAAGACAGUGGCUCGGUUUUGUUCUUUUCCUGAUGGGUGGCACAAUCAUUUCCAGUGUGGAAGGCACUCCCAGUAUUCCUUGAGCCUGGGAGACAGUUGCUUGCUUGAUUGAGUCACAACCACAGAGGUGGAUGCAUGGCUGGAUCUUCCUGGAAGCCUGGCGCACCAGACCUGCGGGGGAGGGAAUGAAGGCAUAAUGUUUCUUAGGGUCCAAUGGACAGGUUAGAACCCGGUGCCACCACUCUCCCACUAGGGAUUUAGCCAUCCUUGAACUGCGUGGAGUUUGUGAUAGGGCUUCACCUCAAGAAUGGGAAAGAGGUAGUCAACCUUUUCAAGAGGAUUGACUGGGGCUGUAAGGACAUUUAGAUGUUAAUGAGAAGGCUUAGACUAGAGAUAUUCUCCAGGAGUGUGGUAGGGAGUUUGUGAAAUGCUAGUGGGGAUGAGAGGCAGAGGGAGAAGAAUGAUCUGGGCUAGCAGUGAUUGCUGUGGUGGGAAGAUGAAUAAGGAGUGGGUGCCAGGCUCCAGCUCCUUCUGUGGGAGGAACUCUCUCCUGGGAGCAGAUGGGCUCACCCUAGUGCUGUUAUGCCUAGACAUACACAGCCUGGGAACUACGUAAAGGCCGGAAGCCAUCAGUGAUCAGUGCAAGAUCCCCUGACAUCACAGCCUGUCUAUGUGGCUCAGGGUGAGAGCUGUGUCCAAGUCCAGAUGCCCAGCCUCAUGAUAAAAGAAACAGACAGGCUUCACCCAGGCCCCAUUCUGCUCUAGUGACAGAUGCUGGCUGUAACUACCAACACACACAUGCACACAUACACACUAAUGGGGCAACCACACCUAGCAGGUUCUUUUUUUUUUUAAUGUUAAU